AUGACGGAAGGCGCCGCCGCCGGCACGCUCGUCGACUGCCUCGGCCUCGUCGCUCCGGAGCCCGGCAAGCCAUUCCACACCCUCAUCCUCUCCACGUCUUCCUGCUCGACGGACACGUUCGCCGGCGAGUACUACGCGCGCGUGGACAACGCGUUCUGGUACAUCGCCGGCCUCCGCCUCGGCCUGACGCCGGAGCGCACGAUGCUCGGGAAGCUCAACCCCGCGAACAACAAGACCGCGCACAAGAUCCCGUCGAACUACGCCGCGGCGUUCGUCGAGGAGCACCCCAAGGCCGACUACGCGCAGCAGUGCGCGGCGCUGACGGGCGCCGGCUUCGGGCUGUGGACCGUGCUCUCGCGCUGCUCCGUGCCGGACGGCCACGACAAGAUCACGGCGGCCAACUCCGAGGCCAACGCGAUCCGCGCGUUGUGCGAGGAGCGCGGCGUCACGCGCGUCGUCCUCGCGGAGGGGACCAAGUGCGAGCAGGCCUUCGCGCUCUUCAACGAGGACUGGCUCAAGAGCGGCCUGCUGACGCUGGGGCCGAUGGAUCGCCUGCCGGGCGGCCCCGCGCGCUUCAAGCAGAAGAAGUUCGACGCGGUCCGGGGGGGCGCGGCGGCGGGCGGCGUGGAGCUCACGGUGUGCAUCUCCACGCAGAACGCCGUCAAGGGCCUCUACGCGGACAAGCGCGCGGACUGGAUGCGCAAGGCCUUCGCCGAGGACGCGCCGGGCGACGACGCGCUGUGA